GUGUGGUGAGGCGUGGUUUAGGAACGCGCCCAAAACAGAGCGUUUAGUUUAGUUGGCUGUGACAGCAAACGGUGGCAUAUCCAACAUCCGCUUCCGUGUAAUUUUUGGUCCAUUAUAUAGAUCGAUCGGAUUUUUUGGCCAGUUGCUUUAGAACCAUUUAAGGAGGCCAAAAGCAAGCUGACCAUCAUGAACCCACUGUGUAGCAGAUGUGACAAGAUUGUGUACCCUACAGAAAAAGUAAAUUGUUUGGACAAGUAUUGGCACAAAGGAUGUUUCAGCUGUGAGGUUUGCAAAAUGACUCUGAAUAUGAAGAACUACAAAGGCUUUGACAAGAAACCCUACUGCAGCCAGCACUACCCUAAAACAUCCUUCACUAUCGUAGCUGACACACCAGAGAACCUUCGACUCAAGCAGCAGAGCAAGAUGCAAAGCCACGUGCUAUAUAAAGAGGAUUUUGAGAGGAACAAAGGGAAAGGCUUCAGUGUGGUGGCUGAUACACCAGAACUGCAGAGGGUCAAGAAGACGCAAGAUCAGAUUAGCAACAUAAAGUAUCAUGAGGAGUUUGGGAAAAGUCGGAUGGGGGGAGAGGGCUCACCCACUGAUGCCUACGGCAAUCAGGGCUUCCAGCCGCCAGCUCACUCGCCGAGCUACAACUAUGAUCCACAGCCUGCGCAUUCAGCUGCUGCUCCACUGCCCUCUAGUAGUGGGAAGCGUUACAGGGCUGUGUAUGACUAUGCCGCUGCCGAUGAGGAUGAGGUAUCAUUUGCAGAUGGCGACUUGAUAGUGGACGUGCAGCAAAUAGACGAAGGCUGGAUGUUCGGACGCGUGGAACGCACAGGACAGCAGGGCAUGCUCCCAGCCAACUAUGUAGAGGCGAUCUGAGGAAAAUAUUGGCCUUGAUCUGAGACAAGACAGAAGAACUCAACCAGACAUCUAGGCUUUAGCUAGACUGACAAAGCUGAAAUGCUUAAGAACAAAAUCGCUUGCAUAAACUUUUUUUUUUUUUUUACUUCCCAUUUGGCUUUUUGCUUUGCUGUUUUUAGGCUCUUCCUGCAAUGCUGCAUAUUUUUGAUAGGGUGUGUAUUGCAGAACUGUUACAGACUCCCUUUGCCUCUGGAAUACUGUAUUGUGCACUUUGAGGGAAUUCUAAAAACAAUAUAAGGGUUUUUUUGUUUGUUUGUUUUUUUCUGACUUGUAGGUACAAUACAGUCCUUCCAGAAUGAGAGGAACCACAAAACAAUGAGGUCUUAUAAUAUAAUAUAAAUAUAAUAUAUAUAACUGCAUAGAAUAUCAUUCCAUUGUUAUUUUGUAACAAAAGCAUUCUAGUCCAUUAUUUUGAAUAAUAAAGUGAUAAAGCUG